AUGAAUCAGGAGAACUGCAGCCGCGCUGCUUUAUUUGCAAAAGCAGAGGAGCUGUUGGCGAAGAGAACAGCAGGCGGAGAUCCUCUGGCACCUUUUCUGAAAGGACAACUGUACUACGAAGAGGGGUUGUAUGAAGAAGCAUUAAUACAAUUUGAAAAAAUUGAGGAUACAGAUUUUCAAGCAAUGUAUCAGCUUGGUGUAAUGCAUUAUGAUGGGCUAGGCACUAAAGAAGACCCUGAAAGGGGAGUGGAAUACAUGAAGAAAAUACUCUACUCUGAUUCCCUGGAAGCAAGACACUUGAAGUUUGCAGCUGCAUACAAUCUUGGCAGAGCGUAUUAUGAAGGAUGUGGUGUUAAGCAGUCAACUAAAGAGGCUGAAAGGUUGUGGCUUAUUGCUGCAGACCAUGGAAAUCCAAAAGCAAGCGUAAAGGCCCAGAGUACUUUAGGAAUGCUUUAUUCUGUGUCAGUUCUAAAAGAUCUGAAGAAGGCCUUUUUCUGGCAUUCAGAAGCAUGUGGCAAUGGAAAUCUGGAAUCACAGGGAGCGCUUGGUGUUAUGUAUCUCUAUGGACAAGGUAUACGUCGAAACACUAAAUCUGCUUUGGAGUGUUUGAGAGAAGCGGCAGAACGUGGAAACAUCUAUGCUCAAGGCCAUCUUGUGGAAUAUUAUUAUAACAGAAAAUUUUACUCAACAGCUGUUGCAGUAGCGAAAAGGAUUACAGAAAAUGAUGACAUCGAUAUGUUAGCAAAGGUAACCGACUGUCUUCCUAGAUAUGUAGCCAAGGGAGUUGCUAUGGCUGCUUUCUACUUGGCUAGAUGCCUCCAGCUUGGCCUAGGUGUGCAGCAAGAUCAAGCCGCUGCUAAAAAAUGCUAUUCUAAGGCCUGCCUUCUGGAUCCUGGCGUUGCUUCUGACCUUGAACUGGCAGCUAAUCUUGGGAGAAUUUAG